AUGGCUAACGCCAACGUUCCUGGCCGACAAGGCAGUGGGAUUAUCGCCACGGCAGUCAAUGUCGCACCUCACCUGUUCGCAGCGGCUGGAGGCACUGCUGCGCUUGUAGCGUUGUCACCGUUCGGAAAGGACGUCCCUGAGGCCCCUCAACUCGAUCUGCCCGAUCAGAUCAAGUCUAGCAAAUCGGUCUUCGACAUCUCUACGGACAAUGUCUUGUUGGACGACUCUACCUUCUCCCCGCUUUCAACAUCUGCGACAAUCCCGAACUCUUCGUCGACUAUCCCACCACUACCAUACCAGCCCGCGUCAUUCGCAUCGACGGUCGACUCCGGUCCUACCUUCUCUCCAAUAUCCCUUUGCCAAACUGAGUAUGCAUCGCAUUCAGUGCCCGAAACGUCGCACGCGAUUUCAGGGCCACAAAUCUCUUCACUAGCGGUUGAUCACCUGUCUUCGAUCUUGACAAGCUUGAAUGGACAGCCAGAUAUCCUGAAGGCUUUCGUCUUCGUAGCUGCACGGCGUGCAGCACCAUCUGUUCUCUGUUCGUUGCCCGGCCUCACCGGCGAGAGAGCCCAAACAUGGAUCAGGAGGAUUUCUUCGAUUGCCCAGCAAACACUCCCAUAUCUCGUGAACAACCAACAGAUCACUUUGGUCGAAAGCCUUUUCACUCUCGCCGAUCAAGGCCGCAAGAUUGUCACAGGUUGGGAAGACCCGUUGAUCGUUCAGCUACGAAGCCAGCUGCAGGAUGCGAAAGGUCAAUACCACAGUCUUCUCCUGAAUUCCUUCGCGAUGGAUCUUCGUCGUAGAAAGGAAAUGCGGAUUCUUUUAGAGCAAUACCGCGCCGACACGAGGAUCAUAGUGAAAAAUCAGAAGGCUACAUUCGCUAAGAACGAUGCGCAACUUCGGAAGGAGCUUGCCUCACAACACGACAUCGUGCUUAAGAAUAUCAAAGAAAGCCAUAAGCAAGAAUUAGAAGAGCUAUCUUCUAAGAUGUCGGAAGGUGUCCUCAAAGCCCAAAAGGAGACUGCCGACAUUCGAGCCCAGCUGUCGAAAGCAAAUGCCGAGGCGUCUACGAAUGGUCAGAGAGCACAAAAGGUGGAAUCCGAAAGCCGCGAACGCGGUCAGCAGCUUCUAGCUGCUCUCAAAGAGUUAACAGGCUACCGAAACCAUAGCAAGACCCUAGACUUGUUGCUCGCCGAAUCCAAUAAAGCCCUGAGCGACGCAGAGAGACGAUUUUCGCCGGAAAAUGAGAAAAACAAACGGCUGAAUUCCAAAAUGGCCUUUGAUAUCGAAACCCUUCAAGCUAGGCUAGACGCAUCCGAGAAGCGUCGCGCGGACGACAAAGCGGAGUCGACUUCCAUUGUCGCAGGCCUGAGGGAAGGUCAAGUUGAUCUCCAGUCUGAUAUCCAAACCCGGGAUGACAAGUUAGCGAAGAUGGCCGCCGAGUUGGCCUCCCUCCAUGAGGAGCAGGAGCGUCAUGCCCGUAAGUCAGAUCUCAAGAUCAAGGACAAGGAAAUAGCAUCUUUGAAGGAUCUUCUUGAGUCCAAGGAGUCGGACAGCACUACCUCCGCGGAGACAAUCAACCACCUCGAGUCUAAGCUUGUUGGAGCUGAAGCAGAGAAGGAAGCUGUCGAGAAGAAGCUUAGCGACACCUCGGGAGAAUGGAAGAAACGUUUCGAAGAUCAAAAGGCUGGUCAUAAAAGCGAGGUCUCGAGAAUCACUUCAGAGUACGAGAAGGCCACUAGCGAUUUGAGGCUUCAAGUGAAGCAGCUGAAGACUGAAAACAAUUCAAUCCCUAUGCUUCAACGUCGCAUCGGAGAGCUGCAGCCAGAGAUCCUUAAGCUGAUAGAUCAGAACGCGGCCUUACAAAAGGACAGCAAAUUUGCCGGUGAAGCCUUGUUCGACGCAAAGGGAAAGCACAACGCAGAGCUUGAUGUUGCGAAGGACUGGGCGAGACAAUCUCAGAGACAAUUAGAACAGAUGAGCAAGGAGUAUGCAAAAUCUCUCAAGGAAAAGAUGCUCGCACCCUCCCUUGACGGUUUGCUAUACCAGGCCACACCAUUUCAAAAGAGAUACGACGAACUCGAUGCUCAGUAUCGAAAACUCUUCAAGCUGUAUCAAGCCUCACUGGAGACGAUCAGGCGUCUCAGCGGUAAUCAGGAUCUACAAUCGUCGAUCACAAACCCAGGCCGGAUAGUUGAGCACUCAGACCCGACUACUAAAGAAGCUGUCGCGAAGUUCUCCGAAUUGAUGAAGCAGCUUAACGAAAUGCACGAUGCAGAGCUUGCGGGCCUGUUAGCGGAAGGCGUGCCGGAAAGAAAGAGAUCUCUAGCCAUCUACACACCGAAACAGGCAUGGAGCAUAGGUCAUAGCCUCAAUAAAUCAUGCCUUCUGCUGGACCAGCACUUCCAAGAACAUCUCGCUCCGAAGGAUCCUGCCAACGAUGUAUCGAAGGUGAUAGGAUGCUUGGGCACCCUGCUAGCGGGAGCAGUAGAGGACAUUGCCUACGGGCAUGAAGAGUUGAGAUUAGCAAAUUCCGGUCUUGGAAGGCUGUCUGUGAGCAAGUGGUUGGCCGCCCGAGACCACUUGGAAAAGCAGAAAGUCGAAUUUCUCGCCUACCCUUCCAGUAUAGCGGAAAUUCUACGUGGCAAUUUCGAAAGAGAUGCGAAUUUAAAGAUCAAGAACGCUCCGACAUCCCUCCCAGACGACGAUACCCUGUUAUCUCAUUUCCCAUCCUCCACGAAGGCGGUACGAGUCGCCGAGCUUUGUAGGGCUCUCAACAUCGAAGCGGGGUCAGCCGAAUGUGACGACCUAGUUAUACGUCUGAAGGGGAUCCCGCAAUUGGAAGGACGGAAGAAGAAAAAAUUGGUGUUCAGCCGAAAGAGCGAGGAUGGAGGCGAGGAUGGAGGCGAGAAAGCUCCCGAAACUUGAGUGCGUUGCCAGCACUCAGGCAGCAUCAACAAAACCCACAAAACUCUACAAAAACGAAACCAGCACACCUCACACUUCAUCGAAAGAUGGGUGUGGGGUAGGCUCCUGAUCUUGGCUCCUCGUCGGCUGCAUAGUCUUCGGACGAUCUUGGCUCCUCGUCGGCUGCAUAGUCUUCGGACCUUGUGGUCGACUUGGGGGGCUUUAAGAGAAGGGCCGCGUGCUGGCUUCACAUGAAGGGAAUCUCGGGUUUGCUGGUGGUGCGAGUAUGGAUUGCUCUUAUUGUGAACGGUGGAUUGUUUGAUCUCUAUGGGCGCUUGUUUCUUUUCCCCUGUGCUUUCACAUGGGCAUAACGGUGGACAUAGCGAUGGAAGGUAG